AUGUUUUUCUUGCAAGUCGUAAAUCCAAGAAGUUUUCUUGGGCGCCUAUUCGAAAUGUUUCCAUUCCUUUUGACCUGCUACUCAAUAUGUACUAUACUUAGGCCUUUACCAACUGCGUGUGUCAUAAUACGGGCGGCUGUCGAGGUUCUUCAUCCAGCUUCAAUAGACAGAUAGAGAUCUAUUCGCUCAGCUUUCCCAGGUUCUGAUGCCCCUUACCCACGGACCCCAUAAGCCUUCCCUUUGCCGCUGCAUUGUCGCUCCCCAGGGGGGCUGUAUUGCAGGGGACAUUCCACCAAAAGCACAUAAGCUCUCCACUGAUGGAGGUCGUCUAUCCCUUUUAGGUCAAGGUUUCGGAAGGGCCCACGACCCUUUUGGCGCCUCUUCGAUCAUGGAUUGCAUGGAUCCAUGUCGUCUGGCAAGAUCCUUGGAAUUGGGAUUUUCCCUUCAUCAUGACGAUUGCUCCACUAUCUCUGUGAAAGCGGUCGCUCCUUGCUCGCUCCUCCAAGUACCUUACAGCUGGCGUUGAUCAUUUGGCUGGCCCACUUCGCAACGCAUUUCUCUACUGCACCUUCUUCAUUAUCCUGUCGCUACCUUUCUUUUGUUCUCUGGAUUGCGAAGCCUUUCGUAACCCCAUUUGUUUCUUAUGUUCUGUUUGUGGAUCGUGUUGACAUUCAACCGCACACCACUCCGCGACUAUCCUUUCCUUUCGUCUUUCUUGUUCUGUUCAUUAUUUGUUUCAUCACUGGUAUUUUGCAGCACAGCACGCAAUUAGAAGGCAUCACCAACAAACGAAAGAGCCCUUUGGUAGCUCACUCCGAUACCGCAGUGCCCAGGUACGAUGGCGAACGUGCAUAGGCGAAACACAGCUUUCGCUGCUAGCACGCUAUACUUUCUGUCGAUACCCUUCUUGAUUCUCGUCAUAAUCGGUAAUACCCAUAUCAAUUCGACAUUGAACGACAUAUACUUCUUUAAGCUUGACGUUUCUCAAGUUAUACCAAUCUCGGUCGAUAAUUCGAAACUGCUUAAUUCUGUCGCUCGGAGUUUAGGUCUGCAUGAUUUCUACCAGGUUGGACUAUGGAACUUUUGCGAAGGUUACAAUGAUGAGGGCGUUACCUACUGCUCUAACCCUAAACAGUGGUACUGGUUCAACCCUGUCGAGAUUCUUGUCAGCGAACUACUCGCCGGAGCCCAGAUUGCACUCCCUGCUGAGGCCGUCACCGUCCUCAACUUGCUCAAGAUAGGCUCUAGAAUCAUGUAUGGAUGUUUCAUGGCCGGCAUAUGCAUCGACUUUGUCCUUAUUCCGCUAAGCCUCCUCGUUAUUCGCACCCGUUGGUGGAGUUUGGUUAUAACAGUUCUUGCGUUCUGUACAGCGAUUCUUAUUUCGCUCGCAGCUAUCAUUGCAACUGUCAUAAGUGUUGCUGCUAAGGUCGCACUCACGGCGCAGGAUCAACUCAAUAUCAAGGCAAACAUUGGCAUCAAGAUGUUUGUCUUCAUGUGGUUGGCUGCUAUCUUCACCGAUGUGGCAUUCCUGCUACAUGCUGCCAUGGGUUGCUGUUGUAGACCUAAUAGGGAUAAGCCGCAGGGUCCCCAAGAAGAGAUGAGGGCAGCGCAUCCAAACCUUCGUCAUCGAAGAGGGCAUAGGUCUUCAUCACAUUCGUCAUAGGACGCUAUGUGGAUCUAACUUCAACUUCGAGGCCCUGCUGAUGAACAAAUUUGGUAUGGAAAGAACACCUUCGGCCCAGACUUCCAAGAUGGUCGAGAAACUAGACGCCUUGAAGUUCUGGGACCCAAGACAUGAAAUCAAAAGCCUGCGCGAUAACCAGGAUUGCGCGCUUAUUUAGACUGUUUGGUUCAUUGCAUUACACAGAGCAGGGAACAAUUGCAUAAAGCAUACUCAAUUUAGGUGUUUUUCGACUUGAGUACAAGGGAUGCAUAGUACAUAGGAUUUCACGGUAUAGACGGGCGAGCAAGGUCAGGGGAUAGGCCUUCCAAAAUGACUGCGUUGGGUUGUUUCCCUCGCAGACGACAUUCUUCCACGGCGCUGAGGCUCAAAUAAUAGAAUAUAUAUUGAAGAAAACUUAGCGUCAUAAUAAUCUUUUCUGUAUCCAACUAAGCCUUUUAUCAUGUGAGGAUCUCCAUUUAAAUACUUGAUGGUCUCAUUAGAGUGCCUCAGAGAACUGCUGACACUAUCUUGAGCCCGAGACACUCAGCCUCCUACAACCUGGCAAACAACUCAUGAACUUUGUACGUCACCUAAAAUGCCACGAGAUUUCAAGUCAUCAUGAUGAUUAUAUUUCAGCACAAAGAUUGACAAACACAAGAUCAUGUCUCGUGCACCUGAUAAUGAAUUAAUGAUACGAUCAUUGAAAGAACAGUUCUUUACUUCUUGUAUGUUCUGCUAGCACACUUACUCAUGCAAGAAUCACCACUAGCCUCACAAAACCAGAAGAAAGUCUAUUGUGACUGUCACGCCGUUGGCCAAUAUUUCAGUCUUGAUGGUCGUGAUCUUGUCAUACGCGGUCUAAGCAGCACUAUACGACAUGCUCAAAGCUCGAGCUCGUAUCGACAUCCUUGAAAGGGGUGUCGAUGGCAUUCACUUCAGAAUACUUCUUGCCCACUUUCGUAGAGAAAUUCACACCCACAAGAUCAAACUUGUUCAAGAACCCGAUUCUUUGGCAGAGAAGAUACUGGGGCGAGAGGCGACUAUUGGAGAAGCACUCUCGAGGCACUGCGCACAAAAUGAGAACGAAAGACGUCAUUCAAACCAUUGCAAGAACGGUCAAUGAAGGGACAUAGGAGGGAUGCACGACCUGAGCCUAUGACUCUGUACAAGACUGGCAGGCAAUGACAAAUUGAAGCUCCAGGACAACCAAGAGCUUACCAUGCACAAGAUGAUGCAUUACGGCCACUACCAUCAUCCUAGCGAGGGCACAUGGGGUGACAAGAUACCUAGGAAUAUUGAAGAAACGACUCUCGAGAUCAAUGGGAGAAUUGGCCAACCAGAAGUGGUAUUAUAGAGAAGGCAUACUUAUCACUUGUCCUACACUCCAUGAUAGGCCCAGGAUACGCAGAAAGAAACAUGAAUACAGAGUUAUGGAAGAGGAAUAGAACCAGGCAUUAGAGCAAUAGUGACAAAUGGUAAAUUGAGCUCAAGACAUGUCCUUCAAAGUUGAGAAAUUCGAACAAAAAGAGGAAGAGAUAAUCAGGGGCAGAAGACGAAAUCGGGGGGUAGGAGACCCUCAUCAAUUGGUGUUUGACCACAGCCAGUCAUUCUUUGAUUAACUAUCUAAUGAAUCUAAAGUAAUACGCCG